AUGUCGACAACAUGGAGGGUUGAUACACCGACACGCAAGAGUCCGAGUGCAUAUCUACUGCGUUCGAGUGACUCUCGUCCGAAAUUCGAAGAAGGAACGUUCAUUGAAUCGAAAUCCGUACGUUACAUGAUCAAAGCGAGAAUUGGUGAAUCUCAUUAUGGUGUUGUAUUGGCAGUUCAGAAUGAACUCGGUCAUAAAUUGGCGUUGAAGAUUGAAUGGAGAGACCCGAAUGAUGUUGAGCCUAAAAUAUCCACUGAAAUAACAAUUCUACGCGCCCUCCGCCAGAACAGUUUCUCACCGCACUUCAUCGACUUCAUCGAUCGCUCGUCAAAACCACUUUUCCACAUGAUGUUCACAUCGUUGGUGGGACCGUCACUUGAUAAAAUCACCGGAAAUAAACUGCUAAGUUAUCGUUGCGCGUUGAAAGUGAUGCAGCAAGCGCAUGAAGCAAUCAAAGAAGUGCACAAAAUUGGAUAUAUUCACAGAGAUUUGAGACCGAGUUGUUUUUGCAUUGGUUCACACUCACAGCGGAAUCUGAUCUAUUUGGUGAAUUUCGGCAAUUCGGCAAUUUAUCAGAAAGGCAAAAAAUUACGAGAGCCAAGAAGUGUUGUGCCAAUGAAAGGUCAUUUGAAGUACGCAUCACUGAGCAGUCAUAACUGCAAAGAACAAUCACCUCGAGAUGAUUACGAGAUGUUACUGUACACAAUUGUCGACAUUUGUAACGAUUUACCUUGGAAAUCAGUUCAACAACCCGAUGAAGUGCGUUUGUUUAAAGAGAGCAUCAGAAGUGCGGAAAAUAGAGCUCGAUUCUUUGAUAAGUUGGCACUAAAAGCAUUGGGUCAAUUAAUGGAUCAUCUAGACACACUGAGUUAUUUCGAUCCUUUAGAUUAUCAGUUCAUUUCAAAGAUUAUUGACGAAGCAGCCAUUGAAGUACGGUCUUAA